UGUCUCAACUUGCCUCCUCCAAAAGUCUCAAUUUAUUGUGUGCAAGACAACAACGAAACGAGACGACUACGACAAAAUGUGGUCGUCUCCACGAUUGCUUGACUUUUAGUGCCUAGUUACCCUUAAGGGAGACUAACGUUACCUAGAUACUUAAAGUCAAGCAAUCGUGGGUCGUCUCAGUAUCAAUUUUUGUACGAUUUUUAGCCAGAUUUUCAGUGUGAUAAGAGGAUUUUUAGUCUCAAUUAGAGUAAUUUAAUAGUCAUAAUUAAUUAACCGAAUAAUAAUAAUGCUCCCUAACGAAACCACUUGUCCGAAAUCGGUUUCAAAAUGUUCACCCUCAUCAACUACGCCGAAACCAUCCUCCAUUCCGAUCUCCUCCCCUCGGCGAAUUGGUCCCAUUGUUUCUCCUCAGUUUUCACCCCCUGAAGAUGCGUCGCCACCAUCCCCCGUGAAAUCGAAUCCCUGGGCGAGUGCGAAUCUUCCUCCCUUGGCGUCACAGCAAGUGCCCCUCCUCCAAAACAGGAUCGUCCACCUGACCGCGAUUCUCGACAGGGUUCGCACCGACCUGGAAAGGAAGCAGGUCGUGCAUGACAGAGACAUGCGAUUUGUUCGAAAUCUCCUCUACACCUUAAACGUGAAAGGGUACACUUCAAUAACGGACCAGAACGGGAUGGUGGUCGACCUGGCGAACUGCAAGGGCGAAUAUCUCCUCGAGAUGAAGGGCGGUUGUCGGUCAGUCGACGACUCGUCACAACAGAAACCAAGAGUUAAACGGAUCUGGGGGAACGAGUUUUAUUACAAGGCGAUCAUUGGAAAUCAGGAGAAGGCGAUUCAAACCUUGGCACAGCAGUUGGCAGAAACUCACGCAAAAAAUUUAGUAAUUCCACCGAAAGAGGAAGAAUCCCCUCCCACCAGAGUGACCGUGUCAUCGAUGACAAAUCCUUCUCCUUCUGAAUCAUCAGAUCUCGCUGAAAUCACGACUCUCCUCGAAACAACGUGUUCCCGUCAUCCCGACGUGUUCUACGCGUUGAGAAAUUCCCACGAGGUGGGUCCACAGGAUGAAACAGGCGGAGGAGGAGAAAAAGAGGACAACAAAUCGUCCCCGAAAUCUCCACGGACAAUUUCCCUGAGUGAGAGUGGGAUCGUGGAAAAAAUCUUGGACAGAUGUAAAAGUCGAAUUCCCGUCGUUGUGAAAUGUGGAUCUUCUGAUUCUACUCAAGUUGGUGAGACGACGACGACGACUGAUUGGAGUAAUUGUGGAGGAGAAGAGGGUGAUAUCGGAGUCAGUCCCCGGCCUAGUUUCACGACCCCGACGCCACCCGCUCCCCCACCGAAAAGUGGUAACGUUUCCUCUUCCAGUGAUGAUUCCUCUGGUCCCAACGGCCCAACGGCGUCUUCUCCUUCUUCGAUUGAGCUUCUCGACUUUGAAAAGUUUAUUGGAGCAGCGGUACUCCAACUUCGGGGACAGAGAACGAUUUCUAUCCAGCAGCCAACAACCCCGCCGAGGAGCAUCAGUGCCGGUGGGAAAGUUUGUUCGAGUGGGGAACAAGACGGUGGAGAAGACGUGACCAUUACUACUGGUCGAAAAUCGCCAAGAAAUAGUGAUCCGGACAAUUUGAAUAUUCCUUUGAAGAAGAAAAAUCGUAAUAUUUCCAAGUCGGCCAAGAUUGAUGCCAAACUUUUAAGAACGAAUCAACCAAUUGCUUCCACUGGACCACAAAACAGGCUCUGUUUACUACUUCCUACCAUCCAACCAAGCGAUAAUAAUAAGGUUGUGACGACAAAAUCAACUUCCGGUGGUUCUUUAGAGAAUUGUGAGAAUAUAAAAGCCUUAUUUCCGAUCCCGACCCUUGUCCCGACAACGACAAAGAGAACAACGAAGACAAGGCCACGUUCGGACAAUGCAAGUAGUGGUUCUGGCAGGACGACGAGAUCUCAACCUGCUGCCAAUUCUAGCAAUAAUAAUAGACCGAUCAGCCCACUUGGUAAUACGAUUAUGUUCGCGACGGCAAUCACCCCAAUCCCACAGCAACAAUGUCGACCUAAAGAAAAGUCGUCAUCGUCACCAAUUCUUGCAGUAUUGUCCCCAUCACCGCGAGGAGGAGGUGGAGGACAUCCAUCUCCCAUCGUGACCACCCGACCAGUGGUCAACAAAAAACAGCAGAUGCGAUGCAAGUCGAGCUAUAACAAUCGACCCUCCGACCGUUUAUCACCACUCCCACUUGCGACGAGAAGUCAGGACGAUGGGAUAGCGAUUUAUUCUUCGUACCAAUUGACGGCGCAACGACCUCGUUCAGCGGAUGGAGGUGGGGUCGACUUGACGACACGGCCGGGAAUGAGUUGUCCCUACUGUUUGCAGGAGUUUGAUAAGAACAUGUCCCCCAUGGAGGUGCGGACUCAUUUGGAGAAACAUGUGGCGCAAAGGUGAUGAUAAUUUAUAUGGGAGAAUGAGAAUUAAUCUCAAUAUUUUGUUAUUUCGUCGAUUUUGUCUCAAUCUACCUCGCUUUAAUAAUAAAGACUGUAGCAAAUAAAUAACUUAAGUUAUGACGCAAUUAAUUAAGAAUUUGCAAGCACUCAGCAGAGGUCUGCUAUGUAUAAUAAAA